AUGUUCGGUAUGUGCAUCCCUGUCAUGAGUACUGACACCCCUGGCUGCUCUUUCCCUGGCCAAAGCCUUUUCUAUAUUACUCCGUCGAUCCUGGGAGUCGGCUCUUUCCUUGUUGAUCUUGACUAUCUAGAGACGCGUCUUCUUCUCGUCACUUGCAACCCGGCCUCGCGCAUCGACACCGUCGACAAUCUCAGAGGGCUCUGGUCUGGUCACGGCCCGCCUGUCGAGAACGCACGCGGCGGGCUCUACGAGUCGUCUCGCUUGAUCCUGGAGGAUCCGUCCCCGACAUCACGGACAUGCAGCGCACUAGGAUCGUUCUCAGCCUCCCCGGUGAGGACACUUCCGUCGCAGCCGCUAUGGAAGCACUCGAGGACGAUCGACGGACUUAACCCCACAGUCCCCCGGAAGUCAAUCGUGGCCCAGGCCGACACCGUUCUUGUUGGCAAAGCGAUCGCUGAAGAAUACGUUCCCUACCAGGAUAUACCCGGCUCUCCCAAUGGUAAGGCCAGUGAAGAGAUUCAGAGGCCUUUGCCUGCAUAUCCUACUCACACAACUCCUGACUCGCAAUGGUCGUAUACGACUGAACUACUGUCUCCUUUGCCCAAACGACCCUGAUCAUGCUCAAUCACACCAGCAUCCGCCACACCCCCGUACAUUUCUCUUAGUACCACUGAAAUGACUUGGGAACCGAUCUGAGGCAGCCAUAAUCCGUAGAACGCGGACGAGACGGACCCUUUCCUCAUAGCCCUUGUCGAUACAGCGGCAGAUGUCCAGACGCAGCCCGACAAGAUGAAUGUACAAC